AUGGGUAAUCCUUACAGAAAUAUGGCAAAAAGAAAUUUAACCUGGCGCUUCUUUCACGAAGUAGAAGAAAAUUCUGAAGCAUUUCCCAUUGAUAUUGACGAAUCAGAGUUUGUCUCGGAACUUGGAAAGAAAAUCAAAGAAAAAGUUAAAGAGUUAAAAAACGACAUCUGUUCCGAUAUUGAUGACGAUGAUCUAGAUUUACAGCUCUGGAAGGUUAAUAUCUCUAAUAGCGAUGUAGACAAGUUUUCGAGCCUUCGUCUACAAAAGGAUGAAAGUAAGGGUAUAGAGAAACUCGAAGGAAUAAACCUUAUUAGUAAAUAUUGGGGUGAUUUAGAAGAAGGAUUUACUCAUGUUAUUGUUACCUCAAAUUAUUUAAUUAAUCAAAAUUUGAGAGAAAAAAUUAAAGAAUUAACUGAAAACUUUGGGAAUGUGUCAGUUCAGUCUGAAAAGGAAAUGGGUUAUUUUGGUCGACUCUCCGAAAUGCUAACCACAUUAAAAAAAAACAAAAAUCGUGCCGAGAACUCCAUAUUACAACUCGCAUAUAGUGAAAAAAUCGUUAGUGAAGGCGAUGACAUUUUAUAUAAUAAUAUUAAGAUUACCACUUUGAAAGUGGCAGAAGGAUGGGCAUACAUUGAGUAUGAAAACGAGUAUUUUACAAGUAUAUCGGAAUUUAUCAAGAAAAAAGAGAUGAUAACAUACCCUCCGGUGCCUAAACAACGUGACCUCUUUGCCAUAGGCAAUAGAUCUUAUCAGAAUAUACGUGAGAUUCUGGGACCAAAAUUACCACAAAGAGGGAG